ACACUCUUAAAUAAAAGAAACAAUAAUUGUCCUUGAAAGGAGUUGAUAAGUCUGUGAAUGCUUGUCGAGUAGUAUUUAAGCGAAAGGUGUAGCGUGCUUAAGCAUGUAGCUUGGUUUCAAUCAUGAGUCUUUCAAUCCCCAUUGUAAUACUUUCAGCCUUGGUAUUCAUUUUGUCUACCAUCUUUGUGGGUAGAAAAGUGAGGAAAGAUGAGCAUAGACGCCCCCCAGGUCCACCGACCAUUCCAGUAAUCGGUAACCUGCACAUGUUGGGAAAACUCCCACACCGCAGCCUGGAAGCCUUAGCCAAAAAAUAUGGACCCAUCAUGUCCCUGAAGCUAGGGCAAGUUCCAACCAUUGUGGUCUCAUCCGCAGAGGCUGUAGAGCGAUUCCUGAAGACACACGACGCCGUUUUCUCUAAUCGUCCCACACUUGAAGCCACUAACAGCUUUAGCUACAGGUCCAAGGGGUUAGCAUUCUCCAAAUACGGUGCGUACUGGCGUGACAUGAGGAAAGUGUGCACCUUACAGCUUCUGAGCGCGUCCAAGGCUGAGUCCUUUGCGCCUUUGAGGAAGAAAGAGUUGGAACAAGCGCUGAAGUUGCUAGAGAAAGCCGCAAUGAAUGGCGAGGUCGUCGACCUUAGCGAGGUGGUGCACAACGUUGUUGAAGAUUUUGUGUACAAAAUGGUGUUGGGGCGCAGCAAGGAUGCUGACUUUGAUUUGAAAGGGUUGAUUCAAAAUGAGCAUCAACUUCUUGGCGCGUUUAAUCUAGCGGAUUAUGUGCCUUGCCUCGGAGCUCUCGAUCUUCAGGGAUUAAAACGAAGGUUCAAGAAAAUUAGUGAAGCACUUGACCAAAUGUUGGAGAAGAUAAUUAAGGAGCAUGAACACGGUUCAGAUGUACAACAUGGACGAAACCACAAGGACUUCAUAGACAUAUUACUCUCACUAAGGCAGAAGCCUAUCGAUCCGGAUGAUGAACAAAACCAUGUCAUUGAUCGAACAAACAUUAAGGCAAUACUCUUGGAUAUGAUUAGUGGGUCAUUUGAAACUUCUGCAAUUACUGUGGAAUGGGCAUUAUCCGAGCUUCUAAGGCAUCCAAGAGUGAUGAAAAAGCUUCAAGAUGAGCUAGAUAAUGUGAUUGGAAGGAACAAAUUGGUGGGGGAAAAUGAUUUAGCAAAGUUAAGUUACUUGGAUAUGGUUAUCAAAGAGACCAUGAGAUUAUAUCCUACGAUACCAUUAAACUACAGAGAGUCGAUUAAGGAUUCUACGAUUCAUGGCUAUUUCAUUGAGAAAAACUCAAGAAUCUUUAUAAAUUUAUGGGCAAUAGGAAGAGAUUCUAAAAUAUGGUCUGAUAAUGCUGAAGUAUUUUAUCCAGAAAGAUUCAUGGAAAACAAUUUAGACUAUCGAGGACAUAACUCUCAAUUUAUUCCAUUUGGUUUUGGUCGUAGAGGAUGUCCUGGAUUGCACUUAGGUUUAAUUACAGUGAAACUUAUUGUCGCUCAACUAGUGCAUUGCUUUAGCUGGCAACUUUCAGGAAGUAUAGCCCCAAAUGACUUGGACAUGACGGAAAAAGAUGGCCUCUUGAUGCCGAAAGCCAUGCACUUGCUUGUUGUGCCAAGGUACCGUCUUCUCAGAGAAGCUCACAGUGAACCAACAAAUUGAAUUGUGUGAUUGGAGAAAAAAAAAACGAGGAUAAAUGAUGUAAUGGAAAAAUAAAUUAUAUAAAUGUGGUCUAUAUAUGUAAUAAUAUAUUAUUGCUUCACAUAAUAUAUGCAGGGGUACCUCAAGUCUUUCCUUUAAUAAAACCUUUU